AACUGUCAGCUGUCAGUCAUUUUUCACUUCUAUCCUCCAUAUUUUUCUAUAUUUAUUAUUUUUUUUAAAAUAAUUUAAAAGACAAUUAAAAAAUUCCUAAUUGCCGUUGAUUUAUCAGGUAACAUUACGUGUCCAAGUCAGCUGAAUGCAGAUUUUAAAUUCUACAAGGCUACUCAUUAAUUCGUUCUCCCGAGGCAAAAUUAAAAGGCUCUGCUUUUAUAGCUCGCUUACAUUAGUUGGAAAGACACAUCCAAAAAUGACUGUAGCUGGAGAUCUUGUACUCAAACGAGUGGAGAACAUCACAAAAUCCCAAGAAGACAAUCGCGCAUAUAGAGGCCUAGAGCUGAGCAACGGCUUGAAAGUACUUCUGGUAAGCGAUCCCAACACGGACAAGUCCGCUGCUGCAAUGGAUGUGAAUGUAGGUUUCCUAAAUGAUCCUAAAAAUGUCAAAGGUUUGGCUCAUUUCUGUGAGCAUAUGCUCUUUUUGGGUACCGAAAAGUACCCAAAUGAAAACGACUACAAUAAGUUUCUGCAAGAACAUGGAGGCAGUAGCAAUGCUGCUACUUAUUUGGAUCACACAAUGUAUUAUUUUGAUAUAGUUCCGGAUCAGCUGAAAGAAGCCUUAGAUAGGUUUUCCCAGUUUUUUGUUUCUCCUUUAUUCACUGAGAGUGCUACGGAAAGGGAGAUUAAUGCUGUUAACUCUGAGCAUGACAAAAAUAUUCCUAGUGACGUUUGGAGAAUAAAUCAACUGGAUCAUCAUUUAUGUGAUCCUGAGCACGCCUAUAAUACUUUCGGAACUGGAAAUAUUCAAACCUUAAGUACUUCUUUGAAGGAAAAAGGGAUUAGUGCUAGAGAUGAACUUCUAAAGUUUCAUAGUAAAUGGUAUUCUUCUAAUAUUAUGUGUUUGGCUGUGUUAGGAAAAGAAUCCCUAGACGAUUUAGAAGCUAUUGUUGUCGAGCUAUUUUCUUGUGUUAAAAAUAAGGAAAUUGAAGCUUCAAGAUGGGACAAGCAUCCGUUUAGGGAAGAUCAAAUGAAGACACUGGUCUAUGUGACUCCAGUGAAGGAUGUUAGGAAUUUGAACAUUGUUUUUCCUUGUGAUGAUUACACUGAAUAUUAUAAAUCGGCGCCUCCAAAUUACAUAAGUCACCUAAUGGGUCACGAAGGGCCUGGCAGUAUAUUAUCAGCCCUAAAAACCAGAGGUUGGUCGAACCAUUUGGUUGCAGGCCAAAGGACAAAUUCAAGAGGUUUUAGCUUUUUUGGAAUAUCCGUCGACUUGACCGAAGAGGGCAUGAAACAUGUUAAUGAUAUUGUUAAAUUGGUGUUUCAGUACCUGAAUAUGCUUAAAAAGGAACAACCCCAAAAGUGGGUGCAAGAUGAAAAUCGAGACAUUGGUAAUAUGAUUUUCCGAUUCAAAGAUAAAGAGACGCCUAGGAGUUAUAUUUCUAAUAUUGUAAAUAGUCUUCAGUAUUAUCCUUUAGAAGAUGUUCUGUGUGCUCAUUAUAUGUUAAACGAAUGGAGGCCGGAUCUUAUUGAGCAUGUAUGGGACAAAUUUGUUCCAGAUAAAGUUAGGAUAUCUGUAGUUGCUAAGGCACACGAAAGUAUUUGCACAGAAACUGAACCAUGGUACGGCACGAAAUUCAAGCUAGAAAACAUUCCAGAGGAAGUAUUAAAGGAGUGGAAAGACUCGGGAUUAUGCCAAGAAUUUAAAUUACCAGAGCGAAACGAAUUCAUACCAAAGGAUUUUGAUUUAUAUCCUCUAGAUAGUACUGUUACCGAAUAUCCAGCUAUAAUUCAAGACACCCCUUUAACCCGUGUCUGGUUCAAACAAGAUGAUAAAUUCUUGCUACCAAAAGCGAACGUCAUGUUUGAUUUUGUCAGCCCCAUGGCCUAUUUCGAUCCUUUAAAUUGUAAUUUGACUCACAUGUUUGUCCAAUUAUUCCGCGACGCUCUCAACGAAUACGCUUAUGCAGCUGAAUUGGCCGGAUUGAAAUGGGAAUUGAUCAAUACUAAAUAUGGCUUGAUUCUCGGGCUUUGUGGGUAUAAUAAUAAACUGCAUAUUUUAUUGGAGAAAAUUAUGGAGAGGCUUACUAAUUUUAAAAUUGAUCCAAAACGAUUUAAUAUUUGGAAAGAAAAUUACAUUAGGAAUUUGAAAAAUUUCUCAGCCGAACAACCUUAUCAACAUGCAGUCUAUUACUUAACAGUGCUUCUAACAGAACACUCGUGGACAAAAGCAGAACUCUUGGCCUCAACAGACCAAAUAACAAUCGACCGUUUAGAAGCCUUCAUACCACAAAUGCUAUCAAAAAUGCACAUAGAAUGUCUGGUCCAUGGUAAUGCCACCAAGGAAAAAGCAUUGCAAAUGGUCCAAAUCGUGGAAGGCGCUCUGACAUCAUCUGCAAACAUAUCUCCGUUGCUCCCCAGACAGUUGCUACUCAAUAGAGAGUUAAAAUUGGAAGAUGGCUGUCAUUAUUUGUACGAGAAACAAAAUGAAGUCCACAAAAGCUCUUGUAUUGAAGUCUAUUAUCAGUGCGGCUUGCAGUCAAGAGAGAACAACGUCAAAUUGGAAUUAUUUUGUCAAUUAAUUCAAGAGCCUUGUUUUAAUAUUUUGAGGACUAAGGAGCAACUUGGUUAUAUAGUAUUCAGUGGAGUUAGAAAAUCUAAUGGGGUUCAAGGCUUGAGGAUAAUAGUUCAAUCUGAUAGACAUCCAAGUUAUUUGGAUGGGAGAAUUGAGGAAUUUUUAGAUAAUAUGAAAAAAUAUAUUGAUGAUAUGAGCGAAGAAGAGUUUUUAAGGCAUCGUGAAGCAUUAGCAGCUCAAAGAUUAGAAAAACCCAAACAGCUAUCAUCUCAAACUAGUCAAUUUUGGGGGGAAAUUACCUCGCAGCAGUACCAUUUCAACCGGGCUGAAUCUGAAGUAGUUUAUUUGAGGACAUUAAAUAAAAGUGAUGUGAUUGAAUUUCAUCAGGAUCUGCUUCAAAAUGAGGCAAAAAGACGUAAGAAACUAUCAGUUCAUAUAAUUUCUGUGGCAGAAGGAGGUGCUGGCAUCGACUUAGAAAAAGAGGCAGACAAACAUAACGGUGUAGAUUCAGAAUUGGCUGUUACUGCAACACUGCCAAGUGUUAUUAAUGAUAUAACGGUGUUCAAGAGUUCCCAUGAAAUGCAUCCCUUAGUACAACCCUACAUUAAUAUAUCUAGGAAAGGAAAUAAAUAUAACACUCCAAUAGAGACACAACAUGCAGUGUGUAAAGUAUUUACCAAAGAAAUAGAAGCUACUGCCAAGGCUACUAUUACACGUCAGCUAAAAGGAGUUUGUUCUACAAGAGAUUUAAAUUUGCGUUUUGAUGAGCUUUAUGACCAUUUGCAACAAAUCAAAAGAGUUUUGGGACUGCGAGAGGUUCAAAGUCAGUACAAAAGUUUAGAAUCAAGUGUUGCAGAUGCUAAACAGAUUACCACAACUGAAUUGCCAGUAGAUACUGAUUAUGAUUUAAUAAAUGAGAAUCUUGAUUUGAAUGAAGAGAUUGUUAAUUUUAAUGACACUGUAAUAGAGAGCAGUGAAGGCGACUUAUUUUAUUAUUAUUGGAAAAUUUUGGAUAUUAGAAAGUUGCUGAGAAAAAGGGAUAUUUAUGUUACAAGUCCACCGAUGUCUGUCUUGGGUCAUACGCUCUACAUGCAAUUCUACCCAAACUAUAACAACGACUAUGUCGGAAUAGUUCUUAAGCCUGAUAGUAACUCUUUUUUAAAGAAGCACAAAAUAGUGUUUCUGGGCCAAAAUUCUGCACAAAAUAAAAUUUCAUCUAAAAUAUUGUAUGGGGUGAAAAACGAAGAUAGGAUAUUUAAAAUAGAAUCUGAAAUGUUGGAUGAUUUUAUUAAUACUGAUAGUUUGUUGGUGAAAGUAAAGAUUUAUUUGAAUUCUUAA